CGUACCGGACCGACGAGGGCAAGCCGUGGGUGCUGCCCGUGGUGCGCAAACUGGAGGCGCAGCUGGCGGCCGACGAGACGCUCAACCACGAGUACCUGCCCGUGCUGGGUCUGGACGCGUUCAGCAAGGCGGCCGUACACAUGCUGCUGGGCACCGACUGUCCGGCCGUCAUCGAUAACCGGGCGCUAGGAGUGCAGUCCCUCUCUGGAACGGGCGCCCUGUUUGUUGGCGCCAAGUUCCUACAGAAGAUCCUCGGCUAUGACACCUACUACUACUCGGCGCCCACAUGGGGCAACCACAAGCUCAUCUUCGACACGGCGGGCUUCAAGCAGGGUCGCGCCUACCGCUACUGGGACCCGGCCACCAAGAACAUCGACUUUGAAGGCAUGUGCGAGGACCUGAGGAACGCGCCGGAGAACUCGGUGAUCAUCCUGCACGCGUGCGCGCACAACCCAACCGGCUGCGACCCCACCGACGCACAGUGGAAACAGAUUGCCGAGAUCAUGCGCGAGCGGAAACUGUUCCCCUUCUUCGACUCGGCCUACCAGGGCUUCGCGUCGGGCGACCUGGACAAGGACGCGCGCACGGUGCGCUACUUCGCCAAGGAGGGCUUCGAGUUGUUCUGCUCGCAGUCCUUCUCCAAAAACUUCGGACUCUACAAUGAGCGGACCGGUAACCUGACCGUGGUGAUGAAGGACGCCGAGCUGGCGGCGGCCGUGCUCAGUCAGCUGACACUGGUCGUUCGCGCCACCUACAGCAACCCGCCGGCGCACGGGGCGCGCGUGGUGGCCGCCACGCUCACCAACAAGGACCUCUUCGCCGAGUGGCAGGACCACAUUCGCGUCAUGUCUAGCCGGAUCAUCCAGAUGCGGGAGGCGCUGCGCGACCGUCUGGUGAAGCUGGGCACGCCCGGCACCUGGGACCACAUCACCAGACAGAUCGGCAUGUUCUCCUUCACCGGCCUGACGCCCCAGCAGUGCGAGUAUCUCGGUAACGAGCACCACAUCUACCUGCUGCGCUCGGGACGGGCCAACAUGGCCGGCCUCAACACCAACAACAUCGACUACGUGGCCUCGGCCAUCCACGACGCCGUCACCAAGUUCCCGGCCGCCUAAAGCGCCGACCGCGCCGAGAUUCGAACCCGCGACACGCGGAACACGAGGCGUGAGUGAAGUUUUAGCGCUAGGUUAGAGACAAUCGACGCUGAGCGUCUUGUGAUUUUGCGUUGUUAGGGCUGAUUUGUAGUCCAUAGCCGUCUGGGGCGACUUCUGGAACAACUGCCGGUGUAAUUGUCUAUGCAUUGGAGCGAAUUUAUCGGCGUUAUCGGCUAAACUGCCAGUGUUGGGUGAGGUGGGGUAUCGAUGCACCUUUUAUCGACUGUCUGCUGAAAGCACGCACGGUGAACGUGAAUAUAACCUAGUCGGAACUUA